AUGAAGAGUGACAUAACAGUAACAAAACUACUAGCAAAUGGAUUAUACAAAGAAGCCCUUCAACUCUAUUCUCACCUCCACGCUUCUUAUUCCUCCCACACUCGUAACUCCUUCACCUUCCCCAUUCUCCUCAAAGCAUGUUCCUAUCUAUCUCCUCCUUCCCCUUCACAAACUCAAAUCCUCCAUGCCCAUGUUUUCAAAACCGGUUUCCACUCCCACCCUCACACCUCCACCGCCCUAACUGCCUCCUAUGCCGCCAACUCUCACUCUCUUCCCGACGCCCUCAAAUUGUUCGACGAAAUGCCUCAACCAACUAUCACCGCCUUCAACGCUGUACUUUCUGGACUCUCCCGAAAUGGGCCUUACGGUGAAGCUUUUGGGCUUUUCCGUGAGAUUGGGCUUCGGAAUCUUAGGCCCAAUUCUGUAACCAUCGCGUCUUUAGUUUCCGCACGUGAUGUAAAGGAUCAAAGUCACGUGCAGCAGGUUCAUUGCUUCGCGCUCAAGUUAGGAGUUGAAUCUGAUGUUUAUGUUUCAACUUCGCUGGUUACUGGUUAUUCGAAAUGCGGGGAUUUGAUUUCGUCUAAUGAAGUUUUUGAAAAUUCGCGUGUGAAAAAUGUUGUUACUUACAAUGCUUUCGUGUCGGGGUUGUUGCAGAACGGGUUUCCUCGUCUUGUUUUUGAUGUUUUUAAGGAUAUGAUGAUGAAUUUGGAGGAAAAACCGAAUAUGGUGAGUUUGGUGUCGGUUUUUCAGGCAUGUGGUACCCUUUUGAACGUUCGUUUGGGGAAGCAGGUUCAUGGGCUUAGUAUGAAACUAGAAGCUUGUGAUCAUGUUAUGGUGGUGACUGCACUUGUUGAUAUGUAUUCGAAGUGUGGUUGUUGGGGUUUUGCUUUUGAUGUUUUUAAUGGAGGUCAAAAGAGGAACUUGAUCACUUGGAACUCUAUGAUUGCGGGGAUGAUGAUGAAUUCAGAGAGUGAGAGGGCUGUUAAAGUGUUUGAGAGGAUGGUGGAUGAUGGGGUUUUGCCUGAUUCAGCAACAUGGAACUCUCUGAUAUGUGGGUUUGCACAAAAGGGGGAGUGUCUGGAAGCUUUUAAGUACUUUAGGAAAAUGCAAUGUGUUGGUGUGGCUCCAUGUUUGAAGAUUGUGACUAGUCUUUUGUCUGCGUGUGCUGAUUCAUCUGUGUUGCGGAGUGGGAAAGAGAUACAUGGGUAUGCUUUGAGAAUAUGUGUUGAUACAGAUGAAUUUUUGGCAACUGCUUUGAUUGACAUGUAUAUGAAGUGUGGGUGUGUUUCAUUGGCACGUUGUGUUUUUGAUCAGUUUGAUGCAAAACCAGAUGAUCCUGCAUUUUGGAAUGCAUUGAUAGGAGGGUAUGGAAGAAAUGGAGAGUACGAGUCUGCUUUAGAAAUCUUUGAUGAAAUGUUGGAUGAAAUGGUUCAACCAAACAGUGUAACAUUUGUUAGUGUUCUAUCUGCUUGUAGCCACAGUGGUCAAGUUGAGAGAGGAUUACAUAUUUUUAGAAUGAUUAGGGAGUAUGGUUUGGAUCCAACGCCUGAGCAUUUUGGUUGUGUUGUUGAUCUUUUGGGUCGAUCUGGUCGGUUGGGCGAAGCGCGAAAGCUGGUGCAAGAAUUAGCAGAACCUCCUGCAUCUGUUUUUGAUUCUUUGCUUGGUGCAUGUAGGUCCUACCUAGAUUCCAAUCUUGGGGAAGAAAUGGCCAAGAAACUUCUUGAUAUGGAACCGGAAAAUCCAGCUCCGCUUGUGGUUUUAUCUAAUAUAUAUGCUGCAUUGGGAAGAUGGAGAGAAGUAGAAAGGAUAAGAGGGUUGAUCGCAGAUAAAGGAUUGGACAAACUCACUGGUGUUAGCAUGAUAGAAGUUGCAUGA